UGGAGAUACAGACGAGUACUCUACGCAGUAGGUGACAACCUCACAGCUUCACAUGUCCUAGGAAUCGAGUCGAAAUCUCAUGUCAACGGCCAUGAUAGUCAACAUCCGUAGGAAUGAGCCAUUUUUGGGCCUCGUCGUCGGGUCGCCCCGGGAUGCUGACUCACGCCGACCUCCGGAAUCCCCCGAGAGCGUCUGCCAGCGUCUGCCUCGGCUCGUCUGCCAUCGCUGCUCCCUCCCCAGGCUUCAUCCCUCCUGCAUCUCGACGGCAUGCCAGCCUCAUCCGAGGCAGCCCUCCUUGGUUCGUGUUGAGGGCUCGAAACUUGGUUCUCGGCGAGGCCUCGUCUGAUCCAGCAAAGCAGCGUGUUUCUCCCCCAGCUGGGCGUCAGCUGUGCACGCGGCAGUAGCGGUCUGUUCAAUUCGGUGGGAGACGUCCAACUCCUUAUUCGCUUCGAUUUUGGUCUGUCGGGCCUAGAUCGUAGCCUCUACUGUACAUUAUGUGCAUGCAUAGCAACUAUAUAUAUCCCAUAUCC